CAUUGGGUACAGAUACCUAGUGGUCAGACACGGUUUUAUUCAUAUGUGUACGUAUGUAUUGUCUGUAUAACUUAAAUAUGUUUCAGAAUUUAUGGAAAAAAUCAACAGAAAACACCGUAAUAGGACGCGUAAGUUGUUUAGAACUAAGUUAAUUAAAAACAUGGAAAUCGGAAGUAGAAAUAUUAAAUUAUUGUAGUAAAAACAGAUCUUUUAAAUUAGUAUUUUAAGUGAACCCACUUUUCGGUGACGGUGACGUUUCAGAGUUAUUUGUUUGAGCUUAAAAUAAAAGUGCCUAGUAUUCAUAUAAAUCUUUGCUAACUAUUGAUCAUUAUUUUUAUUUUUGCAUAAUUGUACCCAGUAAAAAAGAACUCCAAUUUAGAACCGAAGUUAAUGAAUCAGCCAGUGGUGUUUUAAGUAAAUAUAACUUGCCUAAUUGCCUAUGCGUACACACUUCCCUCAUCAUGUAAGUAAUUUUAUACUACCUAAUCCCAUUAUCUACAAUUUCCACUUAACUGAGCAAACACUAUAGCGCCAAUGCAAUCGUAACAUUUCAGUCGCAUGUGACAGAUCGAACUGAUCGGUAAACCUAUAGAAACAUUACGUACCUACUAUCGGCUUUCCUAGUAAUCGACGAUUAGUUUUUUUUUACAAAAGCUCUCACAAAUAAGGUCCCUUUGGUUUCACUUUGAGGCUGGGUAUCUAUACAAAACUAUGUAUAAGACUGAGAAUUUUGGUGAUGUUAAUAUUACGUUGUGGACGGAGUUUAUGGAAGAAUCUAUCGUAUUUUUCCAAGACUUUAAAGUGAUGUAUAUUCUCGUUAUGUGCUUCAUAAUAGUAAUUAGCCUUUUCAUAAACGUACUGAUAUGUCUCGUCAUUUAUUUCGACAAAACUAUGCAUACUGUUACCAAUUACUACUUGUUCAGUUUGGCGGUAUGUGACUUAAUGCUGACUUUCGCACUGUUAUUUGUGCUCCAUGAACUAUCUUUUGAUGGUACAUACCUGAGUGAAACGGUAUGUAAAAUCCAAUAUUUUGGAGUUAUAUGCCUAUGGAAUUAUAGCAUUUUAACUAUGACCGCGUUAUCUAUUGAGAGAUACAUAGCGAUUUGUCAUCCCUUGAGAAUAAAAGCAUCUCCGAAAUUGCAGCGCGUGAUUAAAAUAAUCAGUUUAAUUUUGUUGGUGGCCGCCGCAGAGACGAUGCCUGAAAUGAUUAGUGUCGCAUUGGUUAGUAUGAAACCGCCCCAAACAUUGACCUGCUUCACUGUUCCAACGGUGUACGCCAGAGUUGUGAACGGAGUGCUAGCUAUAUUAACGUUUUUUAUACCACUGCUUAUAAUAACAACCUCGUAUUUUAUGAUAAUUGUAAAAGUAAACUCAAGUCGACAAAAUGAUUUAUCAAACGGAAGAUUCAGUCACAGAAGUCCCAGAGGAAGAGUCAAUAAGUUAAUACUUGCAAUGACGGUGGCCUUUCUUGUGUGUUGGAUGCCUCACUUUAUUAUAAGAGUAUUUCUCGCUGUUAUGGAUCCUAUGGAGAUAAUUAACAAAACAAAAUGGUUGAUAAUAAUUUUCAAAAUGAUCACCAUAAGCGGCUGGUUCUGUGUCAUAGUGAACCCAAUUAUUUUCAGUCUUGUAUCCACUAAAUUCAGAAGAGCACUGAAGGGUCUGUGGAGAUCUAAAAUACGAAAGAGGCGAAAUUAUUCAAAUAAAUAGAUAACUUUAUGAAAAAGCAUCUCAUUGUUGUACGAGUAGUAAGCGGCAUAACAUAACCAUCACUUUAGCAAGGCCUCAGUCCCAUAAUAUAAUUCACAUGCCGGGUUAACCUCUGCUUAUAAUAUACAUAAUAUAUGUGCAAAGUUCUCUAUAUCAAAGCUCAUUGAGGAUCAACUACAAUAUUAACAAUAACGAACUUUGUAUGUAAUAUUUUAUUUAAAACUGGCAUAUUCAUUUCUUAUAUAUCGAUUUCAAAUGUAAAAAUUAAAUAUAACUAGUACGUAGUUCGCCCCGAACUGAAAACUCGCGGUUCGCCAAAAUCUAUUACACCGCGGGCCAGCGGCAUAUAUCGUCAGUCAUCGCCUCCCGGCUGAUACUUUGUCAGAUGAUAGUUUAGAUGCUGUUAUGAAUAAAAAAACGGGACAAGUGCGAGUCGGACUCGCCCACCAAGGGUUCCGUACUUUUUAGUAUUUGUUGUUAUAGGGGCAACAGAAACACAUCAUCUGUGAAAAUUUCAACUGUCUAGCUAUCACGGUUCAUGAGAUACAGCCUGGUGACAGACAGACGGACGGACGGACGGACAGCGAUGUCUUAGUAAUAGGGUCCCGUUUUACACUUUGGGUACGGAACCCUAAAAAAAUUAGUCAGCCCAUUGUAUCGCGGUGGAAAGACCGUCAGCUGGUCACAUGAAUAACAUGUAAAUCACCCCAAACGCAUAUACCGUCUCCGUUCCGUCGUGGGUAAAAAUACGCGUCUUACCACUUAUGUUCGCAAAGUAUGCGUAAUGCAUAAUCCGUUUAUUGAACGCCUGAUGGAA